AUGUCAGAUCAAAAGUGGCAUCGAUAUCCCCGAGCUCGGGUCAGGCCCGACGGCACUAGGAGGCGCGCCCGCAAUGAACUGGCUGCCCGCAGUGCUCGCCGCAAUGCCCCUGGCAAUCAAAGGGAGAGAGCCGACACUAGGGGCCGUGCUCAGGAGAUGAAUCAGCAGCCCUGGCGACAAGCGGCCGAUCGCGAGAGCCGACAGCCACACUGGCAGAAUGCGAGGGGAGCCGACGCUCGGCCCCGGGAUCAACAUCAGGACUGGUACUACGACGAGGAGGACGAAGACGUUGAAGACUACCAGUUUGACACCAGUGACCGGCACGAAGUACAUGCGACGGAAGACGACGAGGGCUACCUCAAGAUCUGGUGGCAGGGAGAAUGGUGGUUCCGGCAGAAACCACCUGACCCACCGGCAUCGCCAAAGAAGAGGCAGCAGGCUAGCAGCUCGAGCGAGCAAAGGAGGCCUACCACAGAGGGAGCCGUUCCUCCGGCCCCUGCCCAGCAUGUCUCCGAGGGCCUCAAGCAGUUCGUCCCCCCUGCCCGAGACAGUGUGCCUCCACAAUCCUUGAGAGCCAUGCGUGAAAAAUGGAACCUGCUGGACAUCAUCGAAGAUGACAUCAAUGUCCUGCGCAAGAAGAAGGUCGCCCUCAUGUUCAAAAAUUUCUUCGAAAUGGGGCACUUCGUCAAGCAUCAUGAAGACUUCCACCACUCGGAGUCCCUGAAGAUCAUCCCGGCCGCAGGCAACUGGAACCUUGCGUUUGUCAUGUGCCUGAUUUCCAGAGACAAGCUCAACUACGCGAACCACUCCACCUUCGGCACGGCAGUGGAAUGCUGGUUAUGGAGCCUGUCCAAAGAUGCGGACUUCGAGCCCAUCCUCACCCAGUUCGCCGGCAUGCUGCACAGCGUAAUCGCACUGUUUGAGGGAGAUGAUGAGCAAAUUGUCCGAGUGGCAAUUCAGGACCAAACCAGCCAGGACAGUAGAGAUGAUGACAUGCCGGACAGGACCUCCAAGCACAUGGGAUACACGGCUCCUGCAACCCGGACUGCCGAGCUGACUUCAUCUGAUGCCUAUGUGGAAAUGGAGGUUGACUACCCUACGGGGCAAACGCCACCAAAUCAAUCUGGCAGCAUCCCCCACUCCCCGCGCAGGGUCGAGAGAUACAACAUCUACACGGAGACGACCUACGCCAGCAGCGAUGGCACCUCUCUGCCCACGCCAGCACGCGAUUCGGCCCCCUUUGGGGAGCCGACGAAGCUCUACUGGAAACUGGACCAGUCUCUCUCCAAAAGACUGUCAGUUGUUCUGAGGCACGACUCUGAAGACUUCGGCUUGACGUUCGACGAGGCCGGGUGGACCAAGGUGUCAGACCUUUUACGCACCUCCAUCAUGAAGGAGAAGGGGGCAACCCCCAACUACAUCCGCUCGGUGGUCUACUGGAACGACAAGCAACGCUUCGCGCUCGAAUGGCGCGGUGCCGAUCUCUACAUCAGGGCGGUUCAAGGUCACUCCAAGAAAGGACUACGUGAUGAAGCGGUCAUGCGGCCCCUUGGGGAUGCCGAGUUGCCGGAGUACGUCCUCCAUGCAACCAACUGGGACUUCUAUGGCUCGAUCUUGGCGAAGGGCAUCAUCACGGGAGGCCUCUCCCAGUCCCGGACACACAUUCAUUGCGUUUCCGUAGACAGAAGUGAAUAUCGGAAUUACCCCGCGCAUUGUGACAUCGCAAUCAUUCUCUCCCCGAAAGAAUCGGGGGCCCUUUGGUUCCGUUCAAUGAACGGCUACUACUUAACCCGGGGUGCCGAUGGCAAGCUGGCCCCGCAUUGUAUAAAGGCCGUCAGGAUCCUGGCAUCGGGAGAAGAAGUUUUUGGCUCAGAGGGGCCACCGGCUGCUGAUGUCGUCAUGCAGGCCAUUGUUCGGACUAUGAUCGACGAGAUGUCCCAGACGCACAUCACCGAGCCGCGCUGGUCCCAAGUCCAGCGGCUGGGCCCCAAGCUUUCGAAGUCUUUUCUGGAUGUGGAUUCUUAUCCUUUGUGGCAACACGUAAUCACCAUAACAGCAUCGGGUGGAUUGCCAAGAGAUCGCUGCGACGAGCUCGCGCACGAGCCUAUGCCACAGGCGGCCUGGCAAGAACUCAUGUCAUGGUUAAGUGAGAAACCAGAUGACUUUGACAUCGUGUUCGUGCAGGAAACACACUGGAAACAGGAGGGGUGCCGCACUUUCUCGUCCGGCCCCUGGUUCGUCGUCUCCUCAGGGGCUACAGGCAAAGACAAAUGCUCAGGAGUUGCCACUCUGAUCCAUCAAAAUGUCUGCAAGCAAGAUAAUGUUAGCUACAGGGUUCUUAGGCAAGGCAGAGUACUCUCGGUUCGACUGCAUCACCCGCAGAACGGCUCGGAUCUUCUGAAUGUCUACCAGCAUGUGUGGAGGACAAACAUUGACAAAGCCGAGAACCUGAAAGCUCGGGCCUCAAUCUGGGAUGCGAUACGGUCUAGCAUCAUGAAGAGUCCACAACGGAACGACUUGAUUAUUGCGGGAGACUUCAAUUGCUCCAUCAAAACCUCGAGGGGAUUGAUAGGUAGCGCCGUUGUUGCCAAAGUAGAGGGAUCGCCUGACGAAGAUGACUUUCUGGGAAUACUCCAGGUGGAUGAGAUCAUGAAAGAACACUUGCAAACCGUCUACCCUCCCGAACCUGAAGUUGACAACCGCGUUUCGCAGAAUCCGCAGUUUAAGCACACCGCGAAAGAGAUGUGGGCUAAGUACAAGGAAUGGAAAUCCACCAAAGCGAACAGCUUAAUCGAAACUCUCCGGAAAUGGAAAAAGUACACCGAGUUUCGCGUGGCCUCUAAAGCGAUGAAACAAACUGCCAAGAAAAUCAAACGCGAAAAGCUGCAGGCUGUCGCUGAGGACCUACAAGUUGCUGCCGCUAUCGGCGAUCAACGGAAGGUAGCCAAAACGCUGGAGCCCAUCCUGAUGCGAUCCUGGGGGGAGGUUAAAUGCGCAGGAGGCAUAUGCUUCUCCCUUGACCUAGAGGGGGCGUUCGACAAUGUCCCUCGCACUGCCCUUGCCACUAGCCUGAGACGCCUAGGGGUCUCCGAAACGCUGGUGCAACUCCUUAUGCAGUUCCAUUUCGAGGCAAGGUAUCACUGCUCAGUCGGCGUUCAUGAGGACCACGUCACGACCACACGAGGCAUCAAACAAGGCUGUACGGUCGCGCCGUAUUUGUUUGUGGCACACACAAUUGCUAUCAUUGACACACUAGCGGAGCGCCUAGGCUGGGACUGGGUAACGCAGCUGUUCACUUUUUACGCCGAUGACGCAUUAGCUGCAUGGACGUUAAAAAGCGCCGAAGACCUUCAGGGUGCCAUUGGCGGCAUCCAAAAAGUCGUGCAAACCUUUAACGACCACGGUAUGACUCUCAGCGCAACCAAAUCGGUCGUGCUGUGUCACGCCAAGGGAGCAGAUGCAAUUAGGAUCUUGCAGAAACUUAAGGUCUUUAAGGACAAACUCCCACACCUUGCCUUCAUGCAACACGGCGAGCAGAUUCUGAUCCCCCUCAGGAAAACACAUCAGUACCUAGGUACCAAAUCUGGAGAGCCGGGGUGUGGAGCUCAGCAGCGCACGGGCUACUGGCGGUGGGUGUUAGACCCACAGGUCCGGGCGCAGCUCGCGCUGGCUAUCAACUCACUCCAUUCGAUGAGUGCAGGUGAGCAGCUUCCUGAAGAUAAGGACGUGUGGGCAGUCACCGCCAACGGCAAACUUGAGGACUACACUGUGAACAUGACGACGGAAGUGGUGAGCGUCUUCGGCAACCUACUACCAGGGUUAGCGACGAACAUGAGAGAGACCUCGAAGCAGCCGAGAGAAAUGGACCGGGAGACCGAGAACGCACCGAACAAGCGACCCAAAGCGGCCCGGCGAGGACAGCGGGGAGGCCGGCGGCAAAUUGCAGACGAGAACCUGAACUCGGUGGUGACGCUCCUGGCAAAUCUGUCGUUGCAGCAGGAGGACGCCCUGAACCGUCUACGCCUGGACACAUCCUUCACUUUCCACCUCCAGCAACAAGGCCCAGGAACCAUAUUGCUGCCGCUUUUCAAGGCGGGGCAGGAAUGGCAACAAAAACAGAAGAAAGGAGAGAACGUCCCCCCGAUGAGAAUCGUUGCGCUGGGCCUCCUGCUGAAAGAGGUCGUGGCAAGAGUCCAACUGAUGGUAGGAGAUCCCACGGCCGUGGAGAAUGCGAUGAAGCAUCAGUGGCUCGACCAGCAGAAGCGCUUCGUGUAUCAGGAGUGGAACUCGGCCACCAAACAGGUGGAGCCGUCGGCGACAGCCAAGAGCCUGAAGGUGGAAGAGGCGACGGAGCUCAUCAACCAGGUCGCCGAGCUGUGUCUUCCGGAUCUGGUCACCAGGUUCUGCGCCCAAAGGCGUCCCAAGCAAGAGCCCCAGGAAGGCGACAAAGCAGUGUUCCUCAUCGAAGUAGCCAUGCGAGAUCCGAGAGCAAACAUCCUGCAUCAGAAACUGCGACAGUUGGCCAACUGCGCGGUGUGGAAUGUGGUGGGAGCGCAACUGCAGCCGCCAAACCAGCAACGCCACGGACUGGCAAUGGCACUGCAAAAGGCCCUGGAAAACAUCUGA